AUGGAAGAGAUUAGGCAGAAGAAUUUCUCGUCGGUACUUGAUAAUCUUAUUAAAGAAGAGUUUUAUGAUGAAUUAUUAGAUCGAAAUUUGACUUUUAAAAACGACUUUUCAUACGAUGUUGUGUUGACAUUAUCUGAUUUGAGCAAAAGUCUUGGAGUGAAAGAAGCGAAUUGUGAUGAUAUUAAACAAUUGAAUGUUACUGAAAAAUUGGGCAUCUAUCCACCACUGAAAAUCAAUUUUCGCGAUUGGAUUAUCUUUAAUGCACGUAAACAAGAAUUGGAAAUUGUUUAUGGUAUUCUAGUUGAAGAAUUGCGUCAUCUAAUCAAAUGUGAUCCAAAUAAGCCGAGCAAAGCGAAAGAAUUAGCACGCUCAUAUAUUAUUAACGCUUUUUCAAUGUGCGAUGCGCAAGGAACACCUGCUCGUCAUGUUGAUUUACAUGGUUUUCAUGGAUCAUUUACGCCUGAUUUCUAUCCACGUAGAUUUGCUCUUAAAGAUUCGAUUUAUUCUCAACGACUCGAUAUUCUUGCUGCACUCAUUGCUCAUAUCAUUGAUCGUUAUCAAACAUGCUUACCUCCGAUUAGAUAUUGUGAGUUUUCGAUUAGCAUCAAUGAUCUCUCUCGGCCAUGGGUGUUCGAUGUACUUCGAAGUGUUCGAGUCUAUGACGAGACGGCAAGAUUACGGGGUCAAAUGCAUGAAAAAAAUCGUACAUAUAUACCAACAAAUGAAUUAAGUUCUUUUUCACAGUUAGUUCUCAAUGAUCAUUUUGCUCAUCUCGAAUUUGCUUUCAUCGGACCAGAAUCUGACAAUAGCGAAAAUAUUCGUCCUACAAUAUCUAAGAUGACCUAUAAGUUUCUGGCUGGUUUUGAUCGUCAAAAAAUCAAAACACCUCUAUUUAAAAAUACAAAUGAAGCUCUUCGUUUCUUGCUUGAAUAUCCACAACAAGCAAUUCUGCUAAUGUUACGGGAAAUCAUAGAUAGCAAGAAAGAAUCGUCUAAGUCAACAAGAAACGCUUCAGAACAGCCAACAACAACUACAGACAAAGAAGGUAUAUUUAGUGAUUUUUUGGAAAAACUUAAGAAGCUCGAGAAUAAUGCUAUUGGGAUGCCCGGUUUUUAUGAUUGGGUAGUCGGAUUAGAUCUGUUUGGUGACGAGUUAGGAUAUCCAUAUUGCCCAUUUGUGGCACGUCCAUUCAUCAAUUAUAUUCAAAAACGUCGAAUAGAGGCGAAACAAACAGAAAGCAAGAAUAUUUUUGGUAUACGUAUUCAUUGUGGUGAAAAUGUCAUAUUUGCUGACGAUAGUACACAAGCAUAUCGAUUAUUUGUUGCUCAUAUGUAUAUUGCCUUUCGUUGCCUGCGAUUUCUUCAGCACGAACUUAAAUAUGGAAUUCGAAUCGGUCAUGGUAUUGCUUUUGAUCGUAUUCUUGGUAAUAGUAUGAGCAAAUCAGGCUAUCGAAAAUCAUCCGUACUCUUAGCCGAACUUCGAGAACAUGCUUAUCAUUUAAUGAAGACAAUCGCUUUUGAAGUAAAUAUUACUAGUAAUGAAUAUUUAUUAGGGCAAACAUUACGUCAAGGAGAUGAUAGACAGCCACUUCGUCUUGAUGGAUUAUUUGGGAGAACACCUAUUAUUCUUGCGACCGAUGAUGAUGGAGUUUGGCCUAUCGAUCAAUGUCCAUUUACUCAUCCUGGUCAUCAAUCUUUAACCGCUGAAUAUUGCCGAGCGAUUUCAUCUGAUCUAAUAAAAACAGUGGAUCAACUCAAAGGCAUUCUUCAAGAUACGAAGAAUUUCUGUUUUUGGAACAUGGGUGGAAUAAUGUCGAAACCAUCUACCGAAGAUGCUCUUCCUCCUGAUGAUUCUUUGAUCAAUACUGUCAUCAUACAUCCGGAUAUUAUUAGACGUCUACUUAAGCUAUAUGGCGGUAAAACAAUUGCGAUAAAUCCAGGUUUUGAAAGGUUCGCGUGCAAUACACCGUACAAUUAUAGUGUUAAGUGGGCUAACGCAUAUGGUGCAUUGCGUGUAGCAUUUAUUUGCAUCUGUGCUAAUCACGAUAAAAGUGAUCAAAAUGCUGAAAAAAAAAUUAAAAUUCGUGAAGAGUAUCAUACUUUAUUCGGACAAAAUGGCAACGAAUUUAAUGUCAUUUAUGAUUUCUGGAGGCAAGUUCGUUAUGCAUUUAUAUUUUUCAAUGAUGAUAUGAAACUUUCUGCAACAUAUAGCAAUGGCCAUCAUGUUUUACUUGGAGAAAAAGGCGACAAACGUCAUCUAGUUUAUGCUACUCCACAAAACAAUGAUUUAUCACAGUCACAAGAUAAAUCUCUGAUUGGAUUUAUUUCUCAGUAUCGUCUGUUACCAUGCACGAUUCAUGCCUACGGAAAUCAAAUUAACAUUGAAAACACCAUGGAAGUUUUAGAAAAAGUAGUCAAUGAUCCAGAUGGCGAAAAAUCAUAUAAACACAUGACUGUAUACAUCUAUACGAAUACAAAUAAAUACAGGCAUGUACCUGUGGCAUUAAGUAAAAACUUUGAUUUAAAGAUAAAUCCUCAUUGCUCGAAACGUAAUACAGAGAUGAGAAGCUUUUUAUAUGCAUUGUGUCCAAAUGCCAGCGCCGCUACAGCUGCUCUUCAUUUAAUUUCCCAAAUAAUUUCAUCCAAUUCAUCUAGUGAAAAUACUUUUUUGACGUUCGGAGUCACAACUCCUGCAAAUUUCGAAACUCAACAAGCAUCAGGAUACAUUCCUGGACAAUCAUUAUCUGAUGGUUCAACGCCUCAUCAAAUAAACAUUGAUUUUGAUACAAAGCCGAUGAAUCCUAAUGCAGAGAACAACUGA